CAUUUACUCAAUGAAAUCAUAUAAAAACCUCAUACUUCCGGUCUGAUCAGUUCUCGAGCUCUCCCGGAAGUGAUCGUGUGCGCAUGUGCGUGGGGACCAUGUGUGCAUGUAUGAUCAGUUUCUAGCAUUUUCGUCCUUCAGCGUGCGGGUGACGCAAGGGAAAGCUGCACUUUUGCUUCAAAAUGGCGAGAGCACUGAAAAGCUUCAUUCCACUCUUCGACCGGGUCUUAGUGCAGAAAUUAGCAGCAGAGACCACAACAAAAGGGGGCAUUAUGCUUCCGGAGAAGGCUGUCGGAAAAGUUCUGGACGCAACGGUGGUCGCUGUUGGGCCUGGAUCAAGAAACUCUAAAGGUGACCUCAUGGCUUGCAGUGUGAAGCCAGGAGACAGAGUGCUCCUCCCAGAGUAUGGAGGCACCAAGCUCAAGCUAGAAGACCAGGAGUACCACCUCUUCAGGGACGGAGACAUUCUUGGCAAAUUCUUGGAGUCGGAGGGUGGCAAAUGAUGAUAGCAUAAUGAUAAGGUCUCUUUACUGUACAACACUGUUCCAUGUCAGAGGAGAAGAAAAUAUGUCGAGGUGUAUGAAUGUGGUAUAGUCUGAUAUUGACAAGAAAAAUUAUGGACACUAAAAAGACAUAUUCCAAUAUUGUCACAUUCUGAAAGAGUAGAAGUUUCCCUAAAUGGAAGAUAAAAUACCUGGUAGUGCUACUCUGUAAACAGAGUCCAGUAUAGGGGUUUGGGGUAUAUUGGAUUCGGAAUGAUCAUCUGUUGUAUGAAGCCUUUUGUUGAUAUUCUCUGUACUUGGUAUAGCCUGGUAGAAAGGCUAGUUAGGCUACUUGCAUUACUUGUAUCAACUUUCUAUGCCCUCUGUUACUAAGUCUUAGUACAAGUCGGCUGUAGUUAUCACUAAUCAGGAUGUUCUGUGAUUCCCAAUAAACAUGAUAUCAUUCCUACAGA